GAUUAUUACCGCGUUGGUUUGUCUUUUUAUCAACGAGCGGGCACAUAACAUUAAAUAUUAUCAUGAAUUACUCACUGGAUACUCAAUAAUUAUACAAAAAUAUGACCGAAUGGUGGCAUAUUUUUACCCGACCUUUACAGGAUGCGAUCGUCCAUUUAAACUCGAUAUUUCUCUUUACAAUCGAACGCACGUUCGCCCGGAGCGGCGAGAUUCUUUUUUCAAUAUAGCCUCCAUCCCUGACCGCGCGAACGAUGACAGCGGCACGUGUGGCACUGGCACGGCGAGUGUCGUUGUUGGUAACGCCGAGUGAGCGUCGUACUGCGUGUGCUAAAGACAAAAAUUCGCGCACAGACUGACUAAAAACCGGCGCGAUGAAGGAGGAGACUGUGCUGAGUCUGAAAUGGCAGAGUUUCCCAUCGCACUUGGCGGUCUCGCUCGACACCUGCUACGAGAAACAGCAAUUCGUCGAUCUGUCGUUGGUCUGCAAGGACGGCACGAUACUCAAGUGUCACAAGAUGGUACUGGCCAACUCGAGCACGUUCUUCCGCCGGCUGCUCAUGGCCAACGAUCAUCCGCACCCGAUGAUUAUCCUGCACGACAUCGAGGCGGACGAUCUCAAGACCAUCAUCAACUUCAUGUACUGCGGCGAGAUACAGGUGGUGCAGAGUGAGGUUAGGCGACUACUCAAGCUCGCCGAGAUCCUCGAGGUCACUGGGCUGCGGCACAUACAGACCUCCGUGUUAGUCGGUGAGGUGAACCACGCGAGUACGAGCGAAACGUCGAGGAAGGCUGCCGCCGCCGCCGCCGCCACGGUAUCACGGCUGAAGAUAGAGGAGACUAGGAACCUGCCUGGUAGGAGCAACAUCGAGUCGCACGAGAUAAGUACAAGGUCGCAGACCAAAGCCGCCGCCGCCACUCAAGGAAGACUUGCUCAAGCGCACCCGUCGUCGUCAUCGUCGUCGUCGUCGUCGUCGUCGUCGUCGCAUCAGCACAAGCUCGCACCCAAGGCUGCUCUCCAAGACAACGCGACGACCAGGAAGAACGAGGAGAUCAGCAUAAACGCACUGAGUCAACGACUGGAGACCGGCAAUUCCGGCAUCAGUAUUGUAGAUAUUAACGACUUACCGAGCACCAGCAAAGGACUGCCGCAGUCUUGCCCGCAGAAGCGGAAAGAGCCCACCGAUCCCAUCAUCAGCUGGCCAACCAUACUAUCCGCGAUCUCCAAAGACAAACCGUUACCCCUGAAGAAACUGUGCAUCAUGGACGAAGUGGAAAUCACGGCAGGGAAACCACCGGGGCCGAUACAGGACAGUAAACAGAACGAGCCACUGGACAGGAGGAAAGUGAAGAACAGCUCGUCUUAUGAUCACGGUAUGAAAUAUGCAGUGUACAUCAAGGACGAGGUCGAUAUAUUGCCGGACACGGAGGACGACGUCGACAUGGACCCCUUGGAGAUUGACGAGAUCGACAACGACAAUGCGGAAGGCGGCAAAGCGUCCGCGCAAAUGUUCCAUUACUCUCGACGCUCCACCAGGUAGAACAUUCGUCCUCGCGCCAACUGUCUUUCUUCUGUAAGAAGUCCGAGUGCUCAAGAUCUAUAGUGACUAUGGGAAUGUAUCGUGCACAAGACGCCCAUAAAACGCUUUUGUGAAUUUUAUGUAUUUCAAUAUUUAUACAUAUACGGAGAAAGAAAGGGAGAGAGGGAGAGAGAGAGAGAGA